AUGGAGGGCUCUGGAAAUGUGGGGGUGGAUGUUGAGGAGUUUACAAUUGGGGAAUUGAAGAAAAUCUACGACGCUCUUGUGGUGCCACGAGUGCGGCCUAGACUAUGCAUUCUCUUCUACCUUCUAAUUUUACCAGCUUAUACAUGCUUUGGUGGAGCAAUCUUUUGGUUUACCGAUUUGCGUUCAUCACAAGAUGCGCAAAAAAGAUUUGAUCGUGCAUGCAUCACCGAGAAACAAGCAUCGAUGCGAAAGCUUUGGACAUCCUAUAUCACCUUGAAUAUUUCUGGUGAAAACAUUCGUGAUUUUUGGAAUGAAAUUUCAGAAACGAUUGAAUACGUUGAUAACUGCCAUCGGGAAAGCAUGAGAGAUUUAAGGCCAAAGGUAUUCAAACCGUACGAAUCGAUCGUAUUUUCGUUCGGGGUUAUCACAACUAUCGGGUACGGUGACUUGUAUCUGGAAAGAGAGCAAGGAUGGGAUUUUAUCGAUUCUCUUCACUACACGUUUGCAACUGCUUCAUUGAUAGGUUAUGGUGACUUAACACCGAUGAGGCCAGCAUCCUACGUAUUCAUUUUUAUGCCAUUAUGCUUUAUUGCUGAAACAUUAUUAUGUCUCGUUUACGGAUUCCUACAGAGAACAUAUCGUUUCCAUUCGGUGGCGCUCGCCCGUUUGUUUAUCUUGCAAAUACGACGUAUUUAUGGCAAAACUUUUCACAGUCAAAGCACUAAGCAAGUCAGCUCACGACUCUUAGCUGAUGGUAAAGCAGCACAACCAGUCGAAAACGAUCAACAGUCUGCCAUUAUCAACAAAAAGAUUCAAGCUGAACUUAAGGAACUGCACAAAUCACCUAGUGCCGAUAGUGUUGCGAUGUUAGCCGUGCCACUUCAAAGUAAGCACUUUAUGACGGAUCGUCUUUGA